AUGGCCUCGGCUACAGAACUCGACCAUGUCCAGGGCGUCUGGGAGCGCAUGCGAGGAAAUAGUCCCAUCUACGACUUCCUGCUCGCCGACGUCGAAAUCGUAUCUGCAACCAAAGGGAGCAUCACGGCUCGUCUGACCCUCGGGAAAAACUGCGUCAAUUCCAGAGGGACGAUACAUGGCGCGGUGAGCGCAGCGUUGGUGGAUUGGAGCGGGGGUCUGGCUAUUGCUACACACGGGAUGGAGAAGACUGGCGCCAGCAUUGAUAUCCAUGUCACGUAUAUCGGGACUGCGAGUGUCGGAGACACAAUUGAGAUUGAAGCGCUGGCUAACAAGGUGGGAAGGUCGGUUGCGUUCACGACGGUCAGGAUAUGCAAGUUGGUGGAUGGCAAGCCUGGUCCGAUGGUUGCUACGGCUAGUCACACGAAGUAUAUCUCGCAGCCAAAGCCAGUCGAGACGAAGUAA